AUGACACAAUCUACUAGCAUAUUAAAACUUUCCGAUGACAAACCAGAGGCUAUUUUGAAGCUCUAUGCUGAACAGAACUCUGUGGGUCUCUAUAGAGUUUAUGGAGACGAAAUACACGAUGUUUAUGAAAAAGUGUUUCUCGCUGCUUUAACUGUAGAUGAUCAAGUGUUAGCAAAGUACUGCUAUUCUAUUCUGAAUGACAAGUUCUAUGGUUCACCAAGAGUGAAGGGUCUCUAUGGCAUGUUUCUUGAAGCGACAAGUGGUGAAAAGGAUGCUUUUGCUUAUUAUGAUCGACAAUUGAAAGAGGACCCUAACAACGUUUUUAUCAAGAAGCGUCGAAUAGCUCUUCUUCGCUCGUGUGGCCGGACAGAUGAAUUUGUAAAGGAAUUGGUCACUUACUUAGACAUUUAUUACAAUGAUCUUGAGGCGUGGGCUGAGCUUGCUGAUGUUUACACGGAAACCGAAGACUACUCUAAAGCAAAGUACUGUUAUGAAGAGAUGCUUUUAUUGCAGCCCUUUGAACCUCGUUUGUUCGCUGCACUGGGUGACACGCUCUUGGCGAUUUCUAGCGCACAACUUCGAGAACUCUACACCGCUCUGAAACAUUAUUGCAGAGCUGUAGAACUUUGCGAUGCUUUUGUUCAUGGAUGGCUCGGUGUAAAAACGUGUUCGGAUAAAAUACUGAAUCUUUCGCGCUCGGAAAAGAAGAAGCUUGACUACAGACUAGAGAAGGAUAACUCAUCUCCCCUCUUGGAUGAUAAGAGUGUUGAACGACUUCGUGCCUUAGCGACGAAAAAACUCGAGUCGCUUGAAGAUCCUCUUGUGAAGCAACAGCAACAAAAAUAA